AUGUUCCGCGUCGCUUCUUGCUCACUGGAUAUUCCACGUCAGCUUGCCCGCAGUAUCGUAUCCCCCAGAUCCCCUUUCGUGGCUCUGCUGUCGUCCAAAGUACCGCUUACAAGUCUGAACAAUGCUGCUGUUCAGGCGGACCUGGACCUUAACGGAACACUCGAAGAGCUCGCGGCCAGUCACUUCUCUGCAGCCUCAGCUUUCCCUGAGUUAUCUUCGGUAGAAGACACAUUGCUGUCAGAAGCCGUGCUUCGCACCAAGACACACGCACCCGUUAUGGAUGCCCACUCAAAAGCGGAGGAAGAACUCAUGGCUGAGAUGCAGCAGCACUUCUGCGAGUCUUCGGACUUCCCUGAGAACACUCCAGCUGAGGAGGAAGCUACACUUCGUUUGCGUACGUGA